CAUUUUGUUUCUGACAAACAGAGGGGCACUAUCCCUCCCAUCCCGGCUAAUAGUUGCCCAACCAAUCUGAUCCCCAUCCACACUCAUCCUGCUCAAGCCGCCAUGCAGAACGCUGCCCUGGUAGAUUCUCCCUCAUCUGGCCCCCAAAAUGAACCCACUACGUUCGCACCUCCGACCACACAACGUGGGGCCUUUCCAGCCCCAGGCAGCUGAACGCCGCUCCUCACUCCAGCCCCAAGGGGUGCUGGGGAGCAGACACAAGUCCCCCCCUUGAUCCCACCCACCCCCCGUGCCAGAUGAGAUCAGCCAUUUGAAUAACGGAGCCGCAGGGACAACGAGGGCCUGUAUUUGAUAUGAUCCGAUGCGAGGACAUUGCAAUACAAAACCAGAAACAAUCCAUCCAUCCAUAUAUAUAUAUAUAUUAUAUACAUACACAUUGAUACGUGUGUAAAGAGAUUAAAUAAAAAUUUAAGACAAUUUCCCAUUGGUCUGUCAUCCCAUGCGAUGUCCCUGUGUCCUUGGCCCAUGCCGCCUUGCCAGUUUUUUAUCCGUCCGUUUCACAAGCAGCCCGUUGCUCUGCACAAAUCCCGCAAGGGGUUUGCCGGUGGGUCUAUUCUGCAUUGACCUGCCUAUCCAGUGUGCUCCCAACUCCACACCAGCCGGGCCCGGUCAGGGAUCUGGCUCCCGACGCCCCCACAGCCAGUCACUGUCGGAGACUCAGCCUUUCAGGGCAGCGACAGGGACGAGUGCCGGUUUACGCCCGGAAGGGCCACCGGGGCAAGGGGUUGGCUGGACCCUGUUGAUCCUUCUUAGACAGUGUGGGGGUGAGAAGUUAAUAAACCUCCCUCCACUCCUGGCAAUCUCCAGCUUCCAAAGGAAAACAAUUGUCCCGGCCAUGUAUAAAUACUGUGGUGGUUGUUUUUUUUUAUUUACAAUUUUUAAAAGCGAUGGUUUGGUUUUGCAAACAUAUUUAUUUUCCUUUGUUCUUGUUAUCGCUUAAAAAAAAAACCCUCAUCCGGCCUUUACGUGAGGGGAGGGAUGGGCCGCCUUGGCCCAAAGACACGUCUUCCGGCGGUGCCUGUGCAAUCCUGUCCGUGUGUGUGUGUGUGCGCGCGCCUGGCGAUGCAGGACGCCUCUCGCUUGGACUGGCUACACCCCGCCGAGGGCAAGAUCAAGGCCAGAACCCAGCUCGCAGUAUCGUCCCUCCAAACUCUGCAGGAACAGGGCACCAAAGGCCGCCCACCAGCUCAGAGGGGGACACGGAGGGGUCACUUUUCACAAGGCUCUGGGGACGUUCCUACCUCUUUUCUCCUUGCCCUAGAGAUAAAGGGGAGCUGGGGGCUUCCUCCCUGACUACCCCAUGUGCCCGAAAGAAAAGCGCCCGUUUGACCAGAGGCGGAAACGGAGGCGCUGCAGGAGCAGGCAGGAAAAGAAAGAAAAAUGAAAAGGAAGGAAGGAGGCUUGAGCCUGAGGUUUUGGCGACAUGAGACAAUUGCACAGAUGUAACUAAACUAGGCCAGACUGUGGGGUGGUUAAAUGGGUGCCAUGUCCGUGGGCAUGGGUGUGAGCGCCAGUGCCCCCAUCCCGUGCACAGGUGUGUGAACGCUAGUGCUCCCAUCCCGCACAUGGGUGUGAGCACCAGUGCCCCCAUCCCGUGCAUGGGUGUGAGCGCACCAGUGCCCCAUCCCGUGCAUGGGUGUGAGCGCCAGUGCCCCCAUCCCAUGCACAGGUGUGAACGCUAGUGCUCCCAUCUCGCACAUGGGUGUGAGUGCCAGUGCCCGCAUCCCAUCCAUGGGUGUGAGCGCCAGUGCCUGCAUCCCAUCCAUGGGUGUGAGUGCACCAGUGCCCCCAUCCCAUCCAUGGGUGUGAGUGCACCAGUGCCCCCAUCCCGUCCACGGGUGUGAGCGCGCCAGUGCCCCCAUCCCAUGCAUGUGUGAGUGCCAGUGCCCCCAUUCCGUCCACGGGUGUGAGCGCGCCAGUGUCAGACCCGUGCGUGCUGUGACCAUGGCAAUUCCCACGUGCACUGCUUGAUGCCAGUCCGAGUCCGACCCCACUUAGUCACCGUGGGGCAGUAUUCUGCUGCCCAUGGCUUGCGUCUGGAUCGUUUGCUCCCCCUCGCCUCCAGAGCAAAGGAACUCAAUGUGACCCCCCUGGGCUCCCUCCCACCGGCUCCUCCUGCAGCUGGAAGCCAGCCAGAGCCCGCAGUCCCUGCUGCCUCUGCGGAGCCAAGUGCAGAAGAGUCUUGGCUGGGGCCACUUCCCGUCGUGGUUUUCCUCCCAUCGAGCGCCGGCGUUGGGUCUGGGAAGGAGCAAGCCCCACCCCACAGCCCGUGGGUCACUGUAUCCAUCCAGCUGUGGGGCAAGAGGCAGAUGCCCAAGGUCUUUCCCCUGACGGCUGCUCCCCGGGGGUGGGGGUGUCUCUGCUCCAGGAUCUCCCCCCUGCCCCAUGCUGUCUGGGGAGGUGUUAGCUCAGCCGGAAGCUCACUGUCAUUUCCUGAAAUCCUCUGGGACAGACUCGCAGAAGAGGCCAAGGCGCUGGGCCCUGAAGUUAUCCGGGGUGUCGCCCACAGGCAUAACCCGUCCCUGCCAGUGGUGCCCCGGGCCUCCUGUCCCAGCGCCAGCCGCUUGUCUGCCUUCCAGGGUCCCAGAUACUGCCCAGCACUGGGCCGAGAUCUCAAACGCAGCCACGCUUCUCACCAGCGCACGAAACACAGAGCACAAUGGAUUGCCCCGAGGAUGGGCCAACGAAGAGAUCCGGCCUCCCCAAGAGAGUCCUUCCGCCAAGGUGUGAGCUUCGGGCCGGCUCGCCCGCCCCCCCUCUGCACAGGGGGCACUGCCCGCAAAGCCCUUCCCCGGAGGCCUCGGGAGGAUGUGGUGCCAUUGGCGGGUGAGCUGUCGCCGAUCCCAAGCCGGGAAGUUGGCUGGAAAGGCUCCUCAAUGGGGAGAGUUGGGUGGGUGUUGGGGGCAGGGGGAUACACAGGCAGAACAAAUCCCCCCCACCCCCUGCCAAAAAUUGCAUCCAUCAAGUUAACAGGAGACACACAUGAGGAACAGAAAUUGACGAGGGGUCCCCUGUCCCAGAGACAUUCCCCAUACUGCCCCCUCCAGGCCAGCUGGGACCCAACCAGCCAAUCCCAGAACCCCCCUCUCCCAGCCCCAGCCCUCCUCCCCCCUCUCUCUCUCCCCCCAGAGGAAGGCCGAGAGGAAGGAGGGAUCAUUAUUAUUCCUUUCAUAGUGGUUUCGAUUUCAUGUCUCUUCCUCACCCCUCUGUGAAGGCGGCAAGGGGUGGGAGAGUGAGGGAGGAGCAGGGGCAAAAUGGGGGUGUGGGGGGGGGUUAAGGAGAAAGUGUCCCUCCUCCCCAAAGAUU